AUGGCUGGUGGCAUUACUGACACAGGAGAGCUCUACUCUCCCUAUGUUGGUUUGGUUUACAUGUUCAACCUCAUCGUUGGGACGGGAGCCCUAACCAUGCCGAAGGCCUUUGCAACAGCAGGGUGGCUUGUCAGCCUCGUUCUCUUGAUGUUCCUGGGAUUCAUGAGCUAUAUGACUACAACUUUUGUGGUGGAAGCCAUGGCUGCUGCCAAUGCCCAGCUCCGAUGGAAGAGAAUGGAAAAACGCAAGGAGGAUGAUGAGGAUGAGGAUUCUUCCUCUGGAGUAUCUGAUAGUGAUGUUCUCCUGCAAGAUGGCUAUGAGCGAGCAGAGACACGACCUAUCCUGUCAGUUCAGAGACGUGGCUCACCCAAUAUCUUUGAAAUCACUGAGAGGGUGGAAAUGGGCCAAAUGGCUUCCAUGUUCUUCAAUAAAGUGGGUGUCAACCUCUUCUAUUUCUGCAUAAUUAUCUACCUCUAUGGGGACCUGGCAAUCUACGCAGCAGCUGUACCUGUCUCUCUCAUGCAAGUGACCUGUGCUACUGGCAACCAUUCUUGCAGUGUUGGAGAUGGCACAAAGUAUAACGAUACAGACAAGUGCUGGGGGCCAAUUCGAAGGAUUGAUGCUUACAGACUGUAUCUGGCAGCAUUUACUCUCCUUCUGGGUCCUUUCACCUUCUUCAAUGUGCAGAAGACCAAGUAUCUUCAAAUCAUGACAUCCCUCAUGAGAUGGAUAG